AUGCCUUCCGUCAAGAACCCCAACCGCCCCUCCAAGAACCGCCUCGCCGCCCGCGCCGCCAAAGCAAAGAAGGCGAACCAGAAGCGCGCCGACCCAGCCAACCGAAGCAAGAUCACAAAGGCGGACAAGACGAGAGGCGCACGACCGGGCCUGCUGCCGAAUAGCGGACCGAGGGCUGCGGUUAGCGCCAAGAAGGCGAGGAAGCUGGAGAAGAAGAUGGGGUAUGCGCUGAAGAGGCAGAUGGAGGCUGAGGGAGAGGCGGAGAUGAAGGAUGCUCCAGUUGUUGAGGAGAAGGCGGCGCAAGGGGCAGAGGAUGUUGAGAUUCAGUGA